CGUAUCCGUUCGUGGUAUCUGGUAGUGUCCGUAUGAUCGUAUAUACAUUUAAUGUCGUGGAUGUCGUGUACAGUCGUGUACAGUCGUGUAAGGUGUAAGCUUGUAAGCUCCUCCAUGUAUUAUUUAAGUAUAUACUGAACUGGAAACUGGAAUCAACUAGAAUGGAUGAUCGCAUAGUAAUCAAGUAAAGCUUACUAGUAUACGAUAGUUAAAUUUAUAAAUUUAAAGUUUCAGGUGGAUAUUUAUCGAAUGAGGAGUGACUGAAUAAAGAAUAAAAAAGUGAUCAGUGGUGAUAUGAAUCAUCUGAGCAUCUGAGGGAGAAACUUAAAUUAAUGGCUGUCAGUGAUCGGUCUAUCGCGACGAGGAGUUUUUAUCGAAAACUUAACGUGAGGAAAAAUAACAGUAAGCUUCUGCGUGAUAAUAUCAUCAUCCACCCUUGCGUAGUAUUGGCCCUAUCGGCGCUUCCGUUUCCUUUUAUGCCUUUUCUGUAAUGUACCAACGCAGCAGCAAGGCCGCACAAGUAAACACACGACGUUUAUAAUAAUGCCAGGGCGGUUGCGUUGACUUGCGUUGACACUCGGGUGGACUAACAGCUAACAGGGUGCUUGUACUUUUUAAUUUAUUUAAUAAUACACGACAUUUUUUAAUUAUUUAUAUUCUCAUCGUAAUUGUCAUCGUCAUUGUUGUCAUUGUCAACAUUUUCCCGCAAUUCCAGUGCCAAGUGUCAACUAUAAUAUAAUAUAAUAAUACAGAACAAGUAAAGGCUACAUUGUUAUUUGUCAUCUCAAUAUAUCUAUAUAGAUUUUUCGAUAGUUGGAUAUUUUUAACGUAAUUUCACCUCGACAAUAGUGACAACAGAUAAAAUUAAAAUUUAAAAAAAAUGUUUACUGGAACAGUUAAAGUUAAAAUAUGCGAAGCUACUGGGUUACGUGCCACAGAUAAACAUCGAAAGUUUUGGCAGGACGCACCACCUAUAAUAGAUCCUUACGUCCUUCUUGAUGUCGACCAAAAUCGUCUUAAUCGUACGUCUAUAAAAGCUAAAACAUAUGAUCCAGUUUGGAAUGAAACUUUCACCCAUGAUGUCCAAGCUGCAGUUAUGUUGGGACUCACUGUCUUCCAUGAUGCUGCUUUACCACCUGACGACUUUGUUGCUAAUUGUAGAAUUCCUUUUGAAGAACUUGUACGCCGUGAAGAUGAGACUGCUGAUUUUUGGGUUGAUCUUGAGCCUCAUGGAAAAUUACGCGUAAAAAUUGAUCUAAAAUGGAGUAAUCAAGAUCAACAACCAGGAUGUAGUAGUGGAGAAGGAGAUACUAUUGGAUUACUAAGUGGAAAUAGUGGAAGUAGUGUUGUCACAGGAAACAUGGAACCACGUGGAUUCACAGAACGGCAAGGAUUUAAUAGACGAAGAGGGGCCAUGCGUCGUAGAGUACAUCAAGUUAAUGGACAUAAAUUUAUGGCAACAUUCUUGAGACAACCAACAUUUUGUUCUCACUGUCGUGAUUUUAUUUGGGGCGUCGGAAAGCAAGGCUAUCAGUGUCAAGUAUGUACGUGUGUUGUUCAUAAAAGAUGUCACAAAUUGGUUGUUACAAAAUGUCCUGGAAUGAGAGACGAGGAAAUGGAAACUGUGUUGCAGUCUAAUGAAAGUAUACAAGGGCAACGGUUCAGCGUCAAUGUACCUCAUCGCUUUGAAGUACAUACAUUUAAACGUUUUACAUUCUGCGAUCACUGUGGGUCACUUCUUUAUGGUUUAAUCAAACAAGGUCUUCAAUGUCAAGUAUGUGACCUAAAUGUACACAAACGAUGUCAAAAAAAUGUCGCUAAUAAUUGCGGUAUCGAUACAAAGGCGAUGGCUGAAAUUUUGAGUACUUUGAAUAUUUCACCGGACCAGCAAUCAAAAACUCGAAUUAAUUACAAGACUUCAAGUUCAGCCAGUGGGUCAUCUCAAAGUCCAUCCGGAAAUGGUAAACAUCAACGACCAACGGAUAAUACUGAGCCGCGAGAUCAACUACAAGACCAGUCUGCAUCUGAAAAUAGUUCACAAGAUGAAGAGAGUGAAAUGCAAAAAGUAACUCUUGAAGAUUUCAAUUUUAUUAAAGUACUUGGUAAAGGAAGUUUUGGGAAAGUUAUGCUUGCUGAACGAAAGGGAAAUCCUGAUGAAAUAUAUGCCGUUAAAGUAUUGAAGAAAGACGUCAUUAUUCAAGAUGAUGAUGUUGAUUGUACUAUGACAGAAAAACGAAUACUUGCUUUGGCAGCAAGGCAUCCAUUUUUAACUGCUCUUCAUAGUUGUUUCCAAACACCCGAACGUCUUUUCUUCGUAAUGGAAUACGUUAAUGGAGGUGAUCUCAUGUUUCAAAUUCAAAAAGCUCGUAAAUUUGAUGAAACUCGAGCCCGUUUUUAUGCUGCAGAGGUAACUUUAGCACUGCAGUUUCUACAUCAGCAUGGCGUAAUUUAUCGUGAUCUUAAACUGGACAAUAUCUUAUUGGAUCGCGAAGGCCACUGUAAACUCGCAGACUUUGGUAUGUGUAAAGAAGGAAUUGUUGAAGGUAAAACAACAACAACCUUUUGUGGUACACCAGAUUAUAUUGCGCCAGAAAUACUUCAAGAGUUAGAAUACGGUGCGAGUGUAGAUUGGUGGGCAUUGGGAGUAUUAAUGUACGAGAUGAUGGCCGGACAGCCGCCUUUUGAAGCAGAUAAUGAAGACGAUCUUUUCGAAUCGAUUUUACAUGACGAUGUUCUCUAUCCUGUUUGGCUGAGCAAAACAGCGGUGUCUAUUCUAAAAGGUUUCAUGACCAAAAAUCCAGCAAGACGUUUAGGAUGUGUCGUAUCCAAUGGUGGCGAAUAUGCCAUCAAAUCACAUCCUUUCUUCCAAUCAAUGGAUUGGAGAGCACUCGAAGCACGAAAACUUAAGCCUCCUUUCACGCCAAAAAUUAACAAUGAAAAAGAUGCUAUGAAUUUUGAUACUGAAUUUACAAAAGAGGAGCCUGUACUUACGCCAGUUCAUCAAUCAGUCCUGCAAUCAGUAAAUCAAGAUGAAUUCAGAGGAUUUUCAUUCGUCAACAAAGACUUUAACACAGGCAAAUUAGGAACAUCUUAAUGAGAAUAAUUAAAUUUUAUUAUUCAAAUGUUAUAUUUAUAAUAAACAUUUGAAUUAUUGGGAAUUGGUCGGCAACUAGUGUGCUGCAGUUGCAUUGGAAUUGUUAAAAAACUGGAUGAGGCUGCAUCAAACAUCAUUGGUAACUGUAAAAAAAAAUAUAUAUAUAUUAUUACGUAUCGUACUGCUUAUCAAACAGGUUGAAUCUGGAAUAUUGUUGAAAAUAAUUUCGUUUCUGUAUUUAUUUUUUUUAUGUUUAAAAUUUUUAGUAUGUAAAAAAAAGUUAUAAUUUUGUUUUUGUUCACCAAAGAAUUAUAAAUCGAACAAAAAUAAAAUUAUAAGGUCUAUAAUUGAUUAAGUGUUUCUUUAGAGAAGAGUAAAUUUUACUGUUGCUACAGUUUGUAAUCGAGACUUGUCAACUGGAGCAAGUACAGACAGCGAUUGUACGAAAACUUUGCGCGUUUCAUUUGAUUUAAGUUCAAGGUGUCAAAUGUCAUAUAUUUGAAUCGUUUGCUAUAAACAUCUCGGUUAUAGUGAAAGUUAUGUGUAAAAAUUGACUUAUAAGCACAAUGUCUACACAGAAAAAAAAGAUUUUUAGGGGCAAAAAAUUUUUUUUUCUGUGUACACAAUUUUUAGUAAAAGAUUUAAGUAACAAAGGAAUUGUAAUCAUAAUUAACACCGAUAAUUUAUAAUUAAUUUUCCUGAGUAAUGUCUUUUUUUUCAACUAAACAAUUACAUUAAAUAUUAUCAUUAUUGUAUUUUUACGAUAGAUAAAUUGCAUGUAAUCGUGAGUUUAAAAAUUAUAGAUAUUACAGGCCACCGGUGGUCUAGUUUAGAGAAUCUAUGUAUACAUAUAUGUAUAUAAAAGUUAUUUUAGUAUAUGUCUAACUGAGAGAAUAGCGGAGAUGGUUCGAUUGAUUUUAGCAAAUGAAACGUACGACGUCAUAUACGAGAUUGAAAGUUUAAAAUUACCUGAUACUUCAUAACUACCAAAUAUAUAUUUCCCUGUCUUUUUUUUUCUUUUUUUAUGACAUCGAGCUUUCUUAAAUAUUUUUAAGUUUAAAUGUUUAACUAAUUAAUUAUUAUUUUGUUCUUUAAACCCAUCGAUCUCUUUGUCUAUAAAAAUAAAUAAGUCAUUGUCGAUAUUUUUUUUUUAAAUAAUUUUUUUCGUUGUAUCGGAGUUAUAACGUGUACAUGUUAAUUAUUUAAACUGAGAGUAAUCGAUUUACUUGCUUAAUAAGUAUAAUAAUUAAUAAUAUUUAAAAUAAUUAAUUUGUAAUCGCGUAUUACGUAAUAAAAUAUUUAAUAAAUAAAAGAAAAUUUUAUCGUGUUGAUCACGACAUACAAUCGCUAUAAAUAAAUUAAAAAAGAAAAGAAUAUUAUUUAAAAUUAAUGAAUAUCUGGCAAAAAUAAAUAUCAAAAAAAUAAUAUUCAUAAUUAAUAUAUUCUUGUUUAUUAAAUAUUAAUUAUCGUUAACGCUAGAAAAAUAUUAAAUAGUUUAAUAAUAUGUGUAAUGCAAAAAGUACUUUUAGCAUUGAAAAAUAAUUUUUAGUAUAAAAAUACUUAUAUUGAUCUGAUGAUGGUUCAAGUAAUUUAAAUUCCAACGUUUUCAAGUAGUACAAUUUACGUUUUUUUUUUUUUUUAAGUAUAAAUUUAUGAUCGUCAAAAGCUUGGAUUGAUAUAUUAUUUAAUAAUAUUAAAUAAUGGUUAUCAUAAACUGUAAAAAAUUUCCGGAGUGAAUUCGGUGUAGAUAAUUUUUUAUUUAUUAAAUCCCAGAGUGAAUUUCCCGAAGGGAAAAUAUUAUAAAAAAAAUUCCUUAGAGUGAAAUCGUAGUAAAUAAAAUCCGUAUUCAUUCCCGAUUUUUUACAGCGUAUAGUAAAAACUAAAAGCGUAAAGUUUUUUUUUCAUACACCUAUAAAUCUAUAAAUCUAUAUUGUCACAAAAGUUAAAAUAUCAAAAUGGGGACCCGCAAAAUAAUUAUUGUCGUGAUAGUAUCAUUGUCGUACUAUAUAACACUAUAGCAAUGAGAUAUAAAACUACGUAAUUGAUAUUUUUUUUAAUAAUAGUUUAGCUAUAUUUAUCAAGAUAGUUGUUAGGAUUAUGUGCCAUGAGUUUAUAAAUAACUCACAUCUCCAAUAGAAUAAAUUUAAAAGUUAUUUAUUUUAUUUUUUUUAAUGCAUUUUAUUAUUAACUUACUUUAUAUAUUUAUUUAUUUUUUAACCACUAAUGGUUGUAUUUAUUUUAUUUUGAUAUUUAAAUCACGACGAUUUAAUUAUUUUUUUUCACCAUUUUAAAUCUCCGUAAAAGUAUAUAAAGAAAUAAAUAUUUUAAUAAUAAACUUAUGAAAAUUACACAAGCGUGAAAACGUCGCGUUAGAAGUGAAACAAACGGAGCGAAGAUAAUCAAGGCUACAAUUAUAAAAUAAUAAUAAUUAAUAAAUUUAAAAAAGUAUAGAAUUUUAAUUGUGAAAUUCAUGUCUACUUGUAUUGAACGGUGACAUAAAGAUUGAAAAGAAACGGUUAGUCCGGCCUACGUUUAGCAUACAAGAAAUAAGUAAUGUGUAAUUUUUAACAAAAUAAUUAAUAAUAAUAAUUCAAAUGACGCUAACAGUAAAAUACAUUUAUAUUACGGUGGUUAAAAAAAAAAGUAUCAUAAAAGAUGAGCUCUCUUCUCCAAGUCUAACAUGUCACUCUUUUAUAUUUUUAUUUCAUAUUUGAAAAAAUAUUUAUGUGUAAUCAUGACAAUUCUGCUUUAUAACAAGAAUUUAAAACACAAAGAAUUAGAUUCAACGAAAAAAUAUUUGACAUUUUACGUGAAUUUAAACUUUUAAUGGAGAGCGAAAUUUUUCCAUGUUAUUUAAGUAGGAAAUAAAAAUUUAAAAAGCGACAAGUUUGACUAGAGCUAGAGAGCUCAUUUUAUCAAGAUUUUUUUUUUCUAUCAAGCGAAUAACAGCUAAAAAAUUUUUUGAACCACUUUAAUAUACAUGCAUUGAAAUAAAUAAAAAAUUGGAUUUAGAUAGGAUAUUCCUCUUAAAUUAAAACUUAUACGUAAUUAUUGGAAUGCAAUACGGACAUGUCAAAAGAAAUGUUUAUCAAUAAAAAAGUAAAAGUCCUAGUCUAUUAGUCACAAAUCAAAAUUUUUAUUUAUAUCUAAUAAAUUAUAUUAUUAAAGUUAUUUAGUUUAAAUUAUAUAUUUAAAUUGAUAUCACAUAUUAGUGUGUUAAUUAUUAUGAUGAAUUUAAAAAAAUUGAUUAAUUUUUGCAUCAGUAGUCCUGCAAAAAUAUUUAUAUUGAAUUAUUGCCGUCCUAUACACAUCGAUUCGAUGAAAACAAAUAAAUAAACUUUAAACAAUUCGCACAAGUCUACAUACGUUCAGUACUCAAUUAAUUUUUUUUAUUGAUUUAUUAUUUUUCAUUCGGCUGUCGUAUAAAUUCACUUAAAUUCCAAUACACGUAACAAACUGAUAGAAGGAAUUGUUAAUAUUUUAUAACAUCGACUUUUUUGGACGUUACAUUAAUUUUUGUAGGCUCGACAUCAUUUUUUAAAUUUACUUAAAAAUUUUUUUGAUGAGUCUUCGACAAACUUUAAUGAUAAGAUAAUUUUAUGUCCUUUUUUAGAUCAAAAUUUAAGCAUUCUCGUAAAUUCAAAAAAUAAAUUUACAAAGUUUUUAUAUAAUUCACCGGGAUACUAUGAAUUUAAUUAAUAAUAAAGUCUUCUAUCAGUGAAGUAAAUUUAUAAUUAUUCACAAUACUACUCAAAGACAGUACGAGGUUUAUUUUUUAAAAAUUAUUUAUUUGUAUUUUGUUGGAAAGGGUACGGAAAACAAGAAUAUAGUGGACCCUGCUCUGCAAUCGUGUGUUAAUUAAUAUAUAUAUAUAAUAGAGAUAAAUAAAACCUAAAUGUUUGUGAGCGUAUAUAAAAAUAUUAUUUAAAAAAAAAAUGUGAUUGAUUUUUUUUGUCUUAUACGGUUGAUUGUUUUCUUGAUUACAUAAGAAAAACUUUACAAUAUUUAUGUAACAUAAAAAUAAUAACCGUCGAAAGCUGAGCUUUCGAAAUAUAUACACGUUAAUUUUAUUAAAUCGUGUAAUAUUUAUAAUAAUAAUAAUAACAAUAAUUAUAAUUAUAAUAAUAAUAAUAAUAAUGAUAAAUGUUAUAGUGAAUUCAGGUCCUUAAUUAAAAAAUCGCUAUUCGACGAUAUUUUUUAUUGAUAAUUUAUAUUAUUAUUAAAGAGUAAAAGAAAAAAAAAUAUGCAUUACGUGAAAGAAAGAAAUUAUUGUCGAAUAAAGUAUUAUGAUAAAUGUCAAUAUGUCUAUUACGUGCUUAUAUUUAGAGGGUCGUAAAAUAGAAAAAAAAUAUUUUUAUCGUUCGAAAAAAAAAAAUCCAUUUAUUUAAUUCAGUAUAACAGAUAUAAUAUUAGAAAUUAAUAAGUCACAAACUAUCUUUAUACUUACAAUAUGUGUAAGCAAUCCAAUAAGUACUUUUCAAUUUCACUGAUUACACCGGCACACAAAAAAAAAUAAGUUCUCUGUACUUUUGACGGGACCGAUUUAUUCCCAUGUAUUUUGACCCGCUGAAUCCGAAUCCGAAGUCCGUUUAACCCGUACACCCUCAGAUUUUUAGAAAACUUAAAAAAACCUCAAAAAUACACAAAAAUCGACCGUUUUUUAAAUUUAUAAAUUUUUUUAACCCUAACUAAGCAUGAUUUUUAUGUAUUUCGGUCCUCCACAUACUAACCUGAAGUUUAUUUAAAACAUUAGCCAUUUAAAGUCUGAGUGAAUUCCAAAAAACCCCAAAAAAUUGCAAAAAAGCAAAAAAAUUCUUAGUGUUGUGAUGAAAAAAAUUUUUUGAAGCAUAUUAAAAUUUUUUUAUGUAUUAGGCUAAAAUAUUUUAUAUAUAUAUAUAUCACAGAUCGAACAAUAUGAUUUCUUUUAUUUAUUUCGAUUUAAAAAAUGAUUUUUGUUAUACCAAAUUUUAUUUUUUUCGAUUUUUUGGGAAUUUUUGCCAUUUAUUUAAAAUUUUAGAGAUAUCUGAGCCAUGGAUGUUCGAGAAUUAUAUGUGACAGAUAAACAUACAUGAAAAUAAUUAUUUAUUUAGCCCUAUAAAAUUUUUUUCAUCACAAUACUAAGAAUUUUUUUGCUUUUUUGCAAUUUUUUGGGGUUUUUUGGAAUUUACUCAGACUUUAAAUGGCUAAUGUUUUAAAUAAACUUCAGGUUAGUAUGUGGAGGACCGAAAUACAUAAAAAUCAUGCUUAGUUAGGGUUAAAAAAAUUUAUAAAUUUAAAAAACGGUCGAUUUUUGUGUAUUUUUGAGGUUUUUUAAAGUUUUCUAAAAAUCUGAGGGUGUACGGGUUAAACGGACCUCGGAUUCGGAUUCAGCGGGUCAAAAUACAUGGGAAUAAAUCGGUCCCGUCAAAAGUACAGAGAACUUAUUUUUUUUUGUAUGCCGGUGUUAUUACAGAUUCAUUUUUUUUUAUUUACUUUGACACUUUAAUAAAAUUUAAUAGAACAAUUCGUGUUGUAGAUCGUCGUUAUUGGAUUAGCUGAAUAAACACGUACAAAUUUAUUUAUGCUUUGCUUUCAAAGCUAUAUAUAUAUAAAUAAAUAAUUGAAAAAAAAAAAAAUAUAUGUAUAGACAGAAUUAUAAUUAAUGGAAUGUCUUAAAGUUUUGUAAUGCAGUGCAAUGCCUACUAAAAAAAUUCAAACAUAAGUUUAUUUAUUUUUUUUUUAUUUACAAGAAUAAUUAUACCGUUGAACGGAUUGUUUUUAUUGAUAAUAAUUUUUGAGAUUACGUGUAACCAAAGAUCUCGUACAUUAUUAACACACUGAGUAUUAUAUUUAUUAUUAUUUUUUGUAUAUACAGUAUAAUUGUGCGCAUUUUGCCGAAAUUGUUAACAUAAUUCGCUUGCCAAAGAUUACUAUUUUGUUAUUUAUUUUUUUUUUUAAUUAUAGCUUUACUUAUAAAGUCGAAAGAUAAUGAAACUAUUGCCCGACAUUAUAAAUUUACUACUUAAUCAAUUAUUUAAACAAAUAAAAAAAAAUUUUAAUUGACACAAAAUUAUUGUCAAUUAAAAUUUUAUUAGUUAAGAAAACCAAAGGAUUUGAAUUAUUUUUAUGUUUAUUGUUUACUGUAAGUUAUAAUACACGUCAGUGUCAAUAAUUUAUUUACAAGGAUAAGAUUUUCCAAUACGUUGAUCUUAAAUUAUUGACGUUUGAUAUUAAAUAAAAUUAUUUCGAGUAUAAUAAAAAUAGCGGGAAUUGAAACAAUAUUUAAUUAUACUAUUGAUUUAAAUGUGUAAUUAUGCUAAUUGAAAUUGUCAAGCUAUAAUAAUAUAUACUCUAAGUAAUUGCCAAUAUCUGAUAUAUAUUUAAUGUAAUUUAAAUAUAAACCUUUUACUUCUAUUGAAAAAAAAAAUUGUUCUUGCCAAUAGUUAUUACGUAUCUUUGCUUAUUAUUUAUUGUUGAAUAUGUUAAGCUGUAUAAAAAAAAAACUUGAGAAAAUGAUAUUUAAAUGUUCUUUUAGAAAGGGACGCCAAGUAAAACUUAAUAGUACAUUGCGCAACAAGUGGACUAAGUCAGCUAUGAUUCGUCGAUCGCAAUGACUCUGGCACUAGUCCGAAGCGUAUACGCACAGAAGCUAAAGACAUUGCGUUUUACAGAUAAUGAUUUAGUCCACGUGUUAUAACGCACAUACUUUAUUCAAUGCAAAGCUGGUUAUCCUAAUUUAUUAAAUCUGUAAAUCGAAGUCACAGUUAUCGUUUAGCGUUACGGUUAUAAUUUGCACUUAUUGCACGGAGAAAUUAUUCUUGUUUGAAAUGCUAUGACCAUGUUGGCCACCUGACGGAAAUUUAAAUGAAUACAUGCAACAUUACUAUGACUAUAGUAAAAUUUACAAUGGUCACAGUAAUUUGCGACAUAAUUGUUGUAAAUUUUACGAUGGAAAUAGUAAUUUUUGCUGGUGGCCAACAUGGUCCGACUUUACUAUGAUACUAUAUCGUGUGCCAAAUGCCAAAAGGGCGUAUUACAGCAGUUAGAUAGGGUUCCAUGCCAAAAGGGCGUAUAAAAAAAUUUUUUUUGUCAUUCUUUUUAGAAUCGCUCGAAACGUAAAGAUCUGCAGAAAAAAAAUUUUUGACGUACUAUCGCCAAAAGGGCGUAUAUCUUUAGAUCUUUGUAUAUUUGUAUCUAAAGAUAUACGCCCUUUUGGCUUUGAAAAUUUUUUUUUUUAUUUUGAGGCUUAGAAUAUGUUUACAAAACGAUUGGCACCAAAAACAAAAAAAUUAUACGCCCUUUUGGUUCUUCAAAGCCAAAAGGGCGUAUAACUUUUAUACGCCCUUUUGGCAUUUGGCACGCGAUAUCUCUUCAUAGUAGAAUACAUGCAAGAAAAGUAUUCAAUAAUGGAUUGAAGAGAAUGUUAUUAUAAGCUCAUUAUGUCACGCUGGUGGAAAAUGUAGAAAUCUGAAUUACCUUGUCAUUUAUUACAGUAUAAAACAGGAUAACAGUGAAUGCGUUGGAUAAAAUAAAAUGAACUAAUGAUAGAUGUUUAUUGUAGUAUUUGUAGAUUUAAAAAUAUACUUAUUAACUUUUUUGCUCUUUAAAAAUAUCUAUUUGUGCUUUUUAAGUAAAAAUAUAUUAUUGCAGGUGGAAUUAAACUAAAUUGCCUUAAAAUACUAUUUUAAGUAUCUUAAUUAAAAAAAAAAAAAAAGAAAAUAAUAAAUAAAUAAUGAAUAAAAACAAAAUUUUUUCGCGCAAAUGAAAUAAAACAUGUACCUUUUCUUUAUAAGCAAAUAUUUAUAAAUCAUUGAUAAAUUUAUUAUUAUUAUUACUUUUAUUAUUAUUAUUAUUAUUCUUAUUGUUACUGUAUUUUAAUAGAUAUAUAUGGCAUUUUUUGUGUUUGUUGUGGAAUGGAUGAAAAAUACUUUUAAAUAUAUAAUUAUUAAUAGAGUAAAUAAUAUAUUAAAAUAUUAAUGCUUUUGAUGUUUUUAAAUAUAUAAAAUUUAUUAACUAAUAUAAUGAAAAAAUAUAUUAUAUAUAUAUUAUGUCCUGAAACGUGUAUAAUUUAAAUUGAAACUCAGUACAUCUAAUCACAUACAAAGUGUAGAUAUAUAAUUAAUAAUAAAAGAGAGAUUAAAAAAAUAAAUAAUUGAUGCUGUGAGUAAAAAAAAUAGUAAACAAAAAACCAAAUUAAGUUUUAAAAUCACAAAUAUAAUUGAAAAAAAAAAAAUAUACGAUCCCAUACUCUAGUGUUAUCCAUUUUUUAUAAAUAAAAAAAAACUAGCCAUAUUAAUGCGCAAGCUAGAAAUUGUAAAUUACGAGAACAUUGUAUCUAUUACUUAUAGUUUUAUUGAUUGAUGUUUAAUUUCUUUCAUUUGAAAACUUAAUUAUCGACGGAUCUGAAAAUUUAUUAUUCAGUAAAUGUUUUCUAUAAAAUGAUACCAUUAAAUAUUUAAUUUUUUCGUGCCAAAAAUAGGUAUAAAUAAAUUUUAUUUUCAUUCACUUAUACAAUGUUCUCAAAAUGCUACAUGGAAAAAAAUAUUGCUCCUGGAAUUAUCUUAAGUAGAUCGUUACUUAACAAUACGUAUACUUAUAGGGCUCAUAAUACCGAUACUUUAUUACUCCUGUAACCAUCUAUCGUAUAGCUGUGAGACCUAUACGACUUUUUAUAUUCGCCAGCUCAAAUGACGGUGUCUAACUUCAAAUUUAUUUUUGCGCCAGUUGUCGCUAGACAUUUAAAAAAAAAAAAAUUUCUGUCUUAUUAAAAUCAUUUAUUUAUUAAUGAUGAACAUUACCAAGUAUGGGAUAUAAUUUGCAAUACGCAAAAUUACAGAAAGGUCUCAGAACUACCGUAUAGCUCUCAGAGCUAUUUAACGUACUGUCGUCAGAACGUCAUAGAAGAUCGUUACAGUACUAAUUUAGUGUAAAAAAUACGUAUUGUUACUGUAACUGUACAAUGUACUUAUGAAAGCUAUAUUGUUUUUCCGUGUAGUCUUCAUCAAUAAAUCUAUGAAAUAAAAAAAUCGUCAACACAUAUUGUAUACAUGAUACUUUUUCCAUUAUUCUAACUCUUUAAAAUUAAUUAAUUAAUAUACAGAAUGCUUCGAGAGAUGAUUGAUCGAUCAAAAAAAAAAAAAAAUGCAGCAAAAAAAUAUAAGAUUAUAUAUUAUAAAAAUAAUGUAAAAUUAAA